AUGCGCACCGACUGUCUGUCCCAUUCCCGAAACCCCUACCUGCCCCACCCCAAGUUGUCCCACAGUAACAUGUCCAACACCGGAUCCCUGCCCCCUCACUCCUACAUGCCCACCACCCGACCCUCCUGUAUGUCCGUCACCAACUUGCCCAGACUCUUCAGCCUGUCCUUCGUGUCCCCCGACGUCCCCGUACCCAUAUCCAGACGAGUGUCCGUCAGCAACCUGCCCCACCUGUCCCUCAACGUGUCCAGAUCCAGAGACACCCACGUGCCCAACCUUUGCCCCUCACCUGGCGACACCUGUCCCCCGUGCGAUGGGCUGUACAACAACAUUACCGUGACCGUAACAUCUACAGCCACGGAGUAUGUACCGACUACGAUCUUCGUGACGAACUGCACCACCAUCCUCCCAGAGGCGACAGUGACUGUGACCAAUUUCUCCACGAUCACUGUCCCUGUUGUAACAACCAUUACAGUUCCUGUCCCAGGAGAGAAUGGCACUAUCACGAUCACUCUACCUCCCGAGACCGUUACCAUAAAUGGAACAGUUACUAUCACCGCACCUCCGGAAACGUCUAUCAUCACCGUAACUGAACCUGGUCUUCCACCAAGUACAGUGACCGUUACACUUCCAGACGAUGACGAGCCUGUUACUGUCACGACAACCGUAUUCCCCGGAAGCGUACCGUUUACUGUGACGGAAACUCUAGUUGUGACCUCGACAGAAACAGCAAUCGUAUCGGUUCCAACCACAGAAAUCACGACCGUGACAGUCACGGAGCCGGCACCACCCACCACGCCCGAUGAACCUCCUGUUGGCCCUCCGACGACACCUGACGAACCACCCGCCACGCCCGAUGAACCUCCUGUGGAACCUCCUACGAUACCUGUCGAACCACCUGUCGAGCCGCCCACCACGCCCGAUGAACCGCCUACCACGCCCGGCGAACCACCUGCCGAGCCACAGACCACGCCGCCCGAUGAACCGCCUGUGGAACCACCUACCACACCGGACGAACCGCCGGCAGAGCCGCCCACUGCACCAGACGAACCUCCCGUGGAGCCACCGACCACCCCAGAUGAGCCUCCUGCAGACCUACCUACCACUCCAGACGGACCUCCUGCAGAACCACCCACCAUGCCAGGUGACCCACCGACAGAGCCUCCUGUACCCCCUGUUACCCCGCCAGACGUACCGCCUGACACCCCUCCAACACUAGCCCCGCCGGAAAUUCUACCUGCUACUCCAGACGUUCCGCCUACCGCACCGGUCGAUGAUCUGGCGCCGCCUGCAACAGCACCUGACGCAUCACCAUCCCCUCCUGCAGUUCCUCCUGUUCCUCCAGCGGUGUCACCCGAGACGCUUGUGCCCGCUCCCGACGCUCCUCCUGCAACACCGCCGCCUGUACCUCCUGUUCCUCCAGCCACUGAAGCCCCCGAGCCAUCGGUGGUUGUCUCGACGGUUACUCGCUCCGCUCCUUCUUUGGCAGCGACUGCGCCGAUCCCUGGUGUUUUGAUCCAAGAUGGUACCGCCAUUUUGGAUUACAGUAGGCUUCGUCGAGGUGAUCGGCCAUUGUCCGGGGACUUGCAGAGGAGGAGAGAAGAGGCCGUUGACCAGUUGUUCAACAACUAUUGCAGAGGAUUCCAGGCUCGCGGCAAGACCGACACCGAUGAGCUGACCUUUGCCGGGGAUGAGUCAGUCAAAGAUACCAAUCGAAGGGCCGCAGGAUGUACUAUCCAACAAUGCCAAGACGCUGGUCUCAACAUGUCUUGCAACCAGUAUCCAUUCGCUAUCACAGCCGAAGGAGGAGCGGAUGCGGUCAUUGCUUGUGUGGACAACCUAGCCCAAAGUAUCCAGGGUGCCUACCUGUCAGGUCUCAGGAAGCAGCUUGGCCUCAGAUCCGGAACCAAAUUCACCUUCUCCCUCUCUGGCUUCGACUGUUCAUCUGUCGGAGGAUCAAACGCUACCAGGCGGUCUUUGCCAGACAUUGGAAUUGGACGAUCCGCCCUCGCUCCUCGCAACCUCCUCAAGCGUGAUCUGACUGUGGGCACGACUGAAGUACAGCAACAAGCGUGGGCUCCGUUCAACGAAUGGGAAAGCGAAAACGUUGUGAUCAACCCCAUUGGCGACCUUGCUGCAGGAACAUAUCAACUGACAGCCCAGGUCGACGAGGGGUCAAUCAAUGGGGCUCGCGUGGUUGACAACGAAGGCCAACAAUUCAACGCAACGGAUAUGCAGACCUUUAGUGGCCAGAAUACGUCCUUAACGGUGGAGCUCGCCUAUGAUGGCCUCGGAAUGAGCUUCCUGCUCGAUACGCGACUCACCCUCCUGCAGGUCACUUCUGAACUUCGAGCCGGAAGCGCCUUGUCUUUGAAAAUGGGAUCCUCCACCGGCUUCCUUACCCUGGCCUCUAUUCUAGUCACCGCUGCACUUCUAGUCUGA